AUGUAUUUUGCAGCAUCAAUGGAAAACUCAAAUUUAGAUGAGCAACAUACAAAAGUUGAAGUUUCAUUAGAAGAAAGUGAUAGGGAAGAAACAAGACAGAUUGUUUCCGAAAUAGGAGUUGGAAAUUUGAGAGACCCCUAUAUCGGUAAGGAGUUUCAGUCACUUGAUGAUUCAUUUAAAUUUUAUCUCAAUUAUGCUCAUUGUAGCGGUUUUAGUGUACAUCGAGGUCGUAUGACUAAGUCAAGAAAAGGUAAAUCAAUAAUUGGUCAAGAGUUUGUCUGUUCAAAGCAAGGAUUUCGUUCAAAGAAAAAUUUAGAAAGUAAUAAACCACGAGAUGAAACCAGAGAAGGAUGCAAAGUGUUGUUAUAUAUGUCAAAGAAAGAAGAAGGUAAUUGGGUUGUUUGUAGGCUUGUUGCUAAGCACAAUCAUGAACUUGCAUCUCCAAAUAGUAAAAAAUUCUUGCGAUCAAAAAGAAAAAAAUCUGAUGCCCAAAAGAAUCUUAUUGAUUUACUUGAUAACUCUAGAGUUCGUCCAAGUAAAAUAGCGUCAGUGUUGAUGAAUCAAGCUGGGGGUGUAGAUCGACUGAAUUUAACAAGUCAAGAUAUCCAGAAUUAUUUGCAAACUAGAAGACAAAAAGAUCUUGAAAAAGGAGAUGCACAAUUAAUGCUACAAUAUUUUCAAAGGCGUCAAUUUGAAAAUCCAGGUUUCUUUUAUGCAAUUCAAAUGGAUGUAGAUGGUCAUUUAGCUAAUUGUUUUUGGGUUGAUGCUAGAUCUAGGAUUGCUUAUAAGAAUUUUGGGAAAGUAGUUGUUUUGAUCCUACAUAUCUGA